AUGCUGACAACCAACCGAGUUGAAUCGUUCGAUAGUGCUAUGAUAUCUCGCAUCCACCUUUCCCUCGGAUACAGCCCGCCAGACGUCGACACCCGCCGGAAACUUUGGCUGCAGCUAUUGCACUCCAUUCCCUCUGAUGAGAUUGAGCUAGACCUUGACGAUGAUGUUGAUGGCCUCGCGAUAGCCAAUAUGAACGGUAGACAGAUUGCUAAUACUGUCAAUACAGCGAAAACCAUUGCACGUUUUGAACAGAAACCACUUCAGCUACGCCAUAUACAUACUGUCCUUGAUGUAUGUGCUGCUUUCGACCAGAAAUUAAAGCGACCGCCAACAGCCGAUCCAGUCAGGAACAGCCACAAACCGUUCAUGAUUUCGAGGAAGAAUUCGAUUCUUAACGAUGACAAGUAA